AAUAUGAGCAUAAGGUCACGAUGCUUGACAAUAACGGUACAGAAAUAUCCUGCAGCGGCUCUGGAGGAAAAGCAAAAACACUCAACAUGAAUGAACAAGACGUCACAAACAGCCCCUGCAUCCCGGGACACGUCUGCUACCACAGCGGCUGGAACAUCAACUCCUCGGUUUCUGCACCAAACCAAACCCAACAGUUCAGAAACGGGACCUUUGGUUUCAAACUGGCUGAAGACGACAUCUGCUCAAACUUCACUGUCAGUUUUUAUCAAGAUAACUGCAACGACUCCUCUUUUAACCUGACCCGAUACAUUCCUGCUGAUUACAUAAACCCAAAUGAGAUGAAUCAGACUCAACACAACCGCCUUCCUGCAGAGAUAGAAACAAAACUGCCUCCAAACUGUAAGAAUCUCAGCAUUGAGUACACCUGCUCAGAAAGUGGAAAGGUUGGAGACUCCAUUCUGCUCUCUAAUUUGGAGCCGUUUACAGAUUACAGCUGCACUGGUCUGAUCAAGAACAACAACGUGUCCAUCAACAAGAAAACUCCAGCUGUUCAGGUCAACAUCGCCUGUGAUUUUACAAUUAUUUUCACUAAUGAAUAUGACAACAAAAGUUUACUUGUCAUAUGGUGGAAAACAACCAGUGAGAACUGUGGAGCCGUUCUUCCUAAUCUAGAGAAGCUUUCCUACACCUGCAGCACUCAGGAAAUUGAUGGAGAUGCAAAGAUACAUGGUCAGACAGUCCGACUGCCUCGUGGAGUAAUAUGUACAUUUUACGAACUUAAAAGAUUCACCGACUAUGAUGUUGAAAUCUACCCCAUCUAUAACAACAAGAAAGUUCCCCAAGGACUAACACUCAGAGGACGAACAAAUCCCGGAGUACCAGAUAAAGUUCAGCAACUGAAAGUCCGUCUCAUAAAGAAUAAUGUGAUCAGAGUAAGUUGCUCCCCGCCAGUCGGUGGAUUUAAAGGACCGAGGAAAGUUUACAUCGUUCGUCUCAGUGGCGACAGAGAAGUUGAGGAAACUGAUGAGUGUCUUUUUGAAAUCGGGGAUCUGAACUACCUGACGUCCUACACAGUCCAGGUGGUUGCCUUCAAUGGGAAGCAUGAGAGUGAAGCUGAAACAGCAAAGGUUUCCACUCGCUACAACAACAAAGCUCUUAAUGGCAUUUUGAUCUUCAUCCUCAUCAGUCUCAUCAUCAUACUCGUAGCACCGCGUCUGGCAGUCUUCAUCAAAAAGCAAAAGAAAUCAAAACGUGUUACUAGAGAAGAAGUUAAGCUCACAUCAACAGCGAAGGCUUACAUAUGAAGACACCGUGGCGCUGAAGACCGACGCAUCGUUUACUGUCUGAGCUUGAAUCUCAAGUUCAGUUGGAGACGAUUUUGAAGAAAUUCAAAACAUUCACGGCAAAAUUUCCUGGAUUUUGAUUUUAAUGUUUUGUAAUAUAUGUAUUUUUUUAAUUCAGAUGUUUACAGGUGUCUACAGCUGCGGUUGUUACUAAAUGCAUCCAUCUGCUGUUAGAUGCAUAUGUUGCUUAUCGCUGUGGUUUCUCUUUGUUUCUCUCUUUCUGCAGGUGUAAAAUCAAAUCCUCGGGUGUCUUUUAUAUUCUCUU